AUGUCCAACACAGCUAUUUGGGUGAUUGUGGAUCGACUCACCAAAUCAGCACAUUUUCUGCCUGUUAAGACGACAGAGAACGUAGAACAACUUAGUCUGCUAUAUAUUCGAGAGAUUGUACGUCUACAUGGAGUACCUAUCUCCAUAGCAUCUGAUAGGGAUCCACGUUUCGUAUCACACUUUUGGAGAGGAUUACAGAAGGUAUUGGGAACAGACAUAAGGCUUAGUACGGCAUUUCACCCACAGUCGGAUGGACAAACGGAGAAGACAAUACAGACAUUGGAAGACAUGCUAAGAGCUUAUGCCUUGGACUUUUCUGGAAACUGGGAGCAGCACUUACAUUGGAGCCUACCAUUAGCCUUUACAGUAGGAGAUCAUGUGUUCCUAAAGAUAAGACCGAAGAAAGGAGUUAUCAGAUUCGGGAAAAAGGGAAAGUUGUCUCCACGCUACAUCGGACCCUUCAACAUCGUGGAGAAGAUCAGAAAGGUUGCGUAUCGUCUAGCGUUGCCGCCACAGCUAGAUAGAGUACAUAACGUAUUCCACGUUUCAAUGCUCCGCAAGUAUCUUGCAUUGCCCACACAUGUCCUCAACUGGGAAGACCUCACCAUCGAAGAAGAUGCGACGUACGAAGAAGAAUCAAUAGAAAUUCAGGACCGAAGUGAAAAGACAAACCGAAACAAGACAGUCAAUUUAUCGAUCAACAAAGGUGAUGGACUGAUUCAGCAUUUCAUCAUGCUUCAUAUUAAAAUUGGAAAUCCAAAUUGGUGGUGGAGUGGUGAGGGUGGGGAUGGAGUGGUGGCGGUAGUGAGUGGUGGCGGUGGAGUACUGAUGUGGUGGUGGUGGUGGAGUGGUCGAUGUGGUGGUAGAGUAGUGGUGGUGGUGGAUUGA